UUUAACUAUCUAGAUUUUCUUUAUCUUUGCAGAGCACAACAAAAAAAAAAGAGCAGCGGCUUACCGUUGCUUCAAUAGUAAAUUUGACUUCAAUGCGUAAAUAUGACUUACAAAAUGAAUUUAUGUUUUUCACUUCUUGUUUUGAGCUUAUUUUUAACUACAACUUUAUUUGUGGCAGCUUUGGACGCUAAACCUGAACAAAUACAUUUAUCUUAUGGGAAAUCUCCAAAUGAAAUUAUCGUGACAUGGGUGACUUUUGACCCUACAAAUAUUUCUACUGUUGAGUAUGGACCACUUCCAAAUGUAACGAAUAAGGUUAAAUUUGGUACUGUCUCCAAAUUUGUAGACGGUGGCUACAAAAAAAGAGUACUUUGGAUUCAUAAAGUGGUACUGGAUGAUUUAGUGCCAGGUUCUGAAUAUGUUUACUACUGUGGCAGUACAGAUGGUUGGAGCACUAUGUAUGAGUUCACAGCUUUAAAGAACGGGACAGACUGGAGUCCAACACUUGUGGUUUAUGGAGAUUUGGGCAGUAAAAAUGCUCGAUCAUUGCCUCAAGUGCAAGAAGAAGUGCAAAGAGGGUUGUACGAUGCAGUUUUGCAUGUUGGGGAUAUAGCUUACAAUCUAGACUCGAAUAACGCUCGUGUGGGAGAUGAGUUUAUGCGGCAAAUCGAACCAAUUGCUGCACGCAUUCCGUAUCAAGUAUGCGUCGGCAAUCAUGAAAAAGCAUAUAACUUUUCUAAUUACGUGAAUCGUUUCAACAUGAUGAAUCAGGAUGGCGAAAUAAACAAUCAUUUUUAUAGUUUUGAUAUCGGGCCUGCUCAUAUCAUUGCUUUCUCGACCGAAUUUUACUACUACACGAAGUAUGGCUCAGCCCAAAUUGCUAACCAGUAUAACUGGCUAGAAAAUGAACUAAAAAAGGCAAACUUACCAGAGAACAAAAUUAAGCAUCCAUGGAUCAUUACUAUGGGACACAGGCCCAUGUACUGCAGUUCAGUAGGCUUCAUUAUACAAAGUCGAACACAUUGUACAAAGAAAGAUAGCAAAAUUCGCAAAGUUUUAGAAGAUCUGUUUUAUAAAUAUGGAGUAGAUCUCGAAAUAUGGGGCCAUCAACAUAAUUAUGAAAGAUCGUGGCCAGUGUAUAAUUUAAAAGUAUAUAAUGGUAGUUAUGAUGCUCCCUAUACUAAUCCUAAAGCACCUGUUCAUAUUAUAACUGGAUCUGCUGGUUGUAAAGAAAUGUUCAAUACUUUCGUGCACAAUCCUGGCGAAUGGAGUGCUGCAAGGUUUUCAGAUUAUGGUUUCACUAGAUUGAACAUUAUAAAUAAAACUCACUUAUAUACGGAGCAGGUUUCCGUUGACCGCAAUGGAACAGUAAUUGAUACAAUGCUACUCAUAAAGGAUAAACAUGGACCUGAAGCAUGGUUGUAAACAAUCAGAAACAUUUCAAUUGUUUGUUCGCCAUCCAGACUGUUGAUGUGCUAUUAGAAUCCAGAUUUUUGUAUCACCAGAUUUAACAUUAUUAAUAAUGGUCAGUUAUAUUUGAAACAAGUUUCCUUUACUUAUGAUAUAAGUUGAUGUCCAUCGAUCUAAGAUUGGAUAGGUUUCAUGUCACCACUAGACUUAGAACCCUGAUACUAAACAAUAACAGCUCUGUUCCUAGUAGUACAGUAAUAUUCGCAUAUAAUGUAUAUAAUAGUAUUAAUUCAAGUAAAAUGUUUCAUUAGUUUAAA